AUGUCUGCGAGUACCACGACAACCACGAAUACAACGGAGCAGAUCCUCGCGAGGACAGCGAGACUAGUGGGAGAGACGAGCUUUAUCGAACCCAGCCAUGCCUCACCAUCUGUGACUUCGGGAUCUCCCAGCGAUCACACACGUGCCAACAAUCCCGCCUGGUGGCCGACAGACCAUCGUCGGAUUCCCAACUACCGCCAGGUUCGAUAUCACCCCGAAUGGCAUGAGCUGUCGGGGAACAGUUUGGUCGCAGAUGUAUUUAUUCUGGUGCUCUUUAAAGGAUGUGGCUAUCUCGCAAUGGCCGAACGCAUCUUGAGGAGACUAGGAUUUGAAAACAACUUUUUCACAAGUCGCAUUGCUGGGGAAUGGUAG